UGUGAUUCGAAAAUAGGCGUGCGCAUCCCAAUAAAAUUCCUUUGGAAGCCAUAUACAGAGACGCCCUUGCCUCAAAUUUUGCAAAUCUUUGUGCGCAAAAAUAACAGCCGGAAACGCAUGCUUGAAGUACAGAUGAGUUCAGCAGAUAAACAAGUGCUGGUUGCUGACGUCCUGGGCAAUCAUUUAGCCUUUGUCUGCUGUAUUGAAUAAUCCGAUGGCCACACCAAAUAGGCCUGGAUACAGUGGCAGCAUGUCAAGCCAAGGAGGGUUUGGUAUAGUCAUGUCAACUGGACCAUCACCUAAGAAGAAGAUCAAGGUCGAGGAGGUUCCAGCAGCCACGGAGGAGAUUGGACAGACCAGGAACCUUGUACUGGAUGAGAAGCUUACACAGAUGCUGGAACUGAAAGAAAGCUACUUUGAUCAUUUGACCGAGUGUUUCUUUCUUCAAAAUGGUGGUGGAUUGAUGGACUAUUACGGUUGGCGGAAACGUCCCACUCCCCAGCUUGUACAUUUCCUCAAGUCCGGUCGCCUCGACAGUGAUGAUGAAGAUGAGAAUCCGGUCAUUUAUCUGAAAGAGGGCAAAGUAACUGAUGAGGUUAAAGUUUCAUCUGCUGGGUCGGCAUCUGUUACUUCCUUGGGAACGGAAGAUUUGGGCAUUUUACCUGGAAUAAAGUUUGAGCCACCCUACGAAAUACCACAGGAAGCAACAUUGUUAUCCCCAGUUACUGUACAUGAACCAACAAAAUAUAUAGGAACUACUGCAAGUUCAACACUUCCUGUUUCUCAAGGACUGCACAGGUCUGUCUCGGACUCGAGGCUACAGACUAUUUCAUCAACUACUUUGUCUGGGUCUGUGAAAAAGAUUGGCUCUGGUUCCCCAGGCACUAAUAAACAGGCAAGCUAUGAUGGUACCAUGAUCAAGGGCAUCUCUUCUCAAGAAGCCAUUGUGGAACGAGCUAAACAGGAAGCCCAGGUGAUGAGUCGUGUUGCUGAGUUGAGAAAGGAUGGAAUGUGGUCAUCACGCCGCCUGCCGAAGGUGCAGGAACCUCCCAGACCAAAGGCCCAUUGGGACUAUCUGCUGGAGGAGAUGCAGUGGCUUGCAGCUGACUUUCAACAGGAACGAAAAUGGAAGAAAACUUGUGCUCGAAAGACUUCAAACGAAAAGGGCAUUGAUGAGACCGAGACACAAGAUGAAGUAGCUGCCUUACAGAAAGAAAGUGAACUACCCAUAGAGGAACUGAUUGAAACUUUACCGAAAGAAAUCCUAGAAAAACCGGCACCUAUCCACUCGGAUUCUGAAGAAGACCAGGAGGAAUCUCCCAGCAAGAAGGAUGGAGAUGAAGAGUUUGAAGCUGAUGACGACGAAGAAUCUGAUGUUGAGGAAACUAUUGAAGAACAAGAAGAACACGAAUCUGCUGACCAUAAUGAAGAGAUAGAUGAUCUUAAAAAUGAAGGGGAAAUGGAUAUUGAGCAACUUAGAGCCAAGUAUGCUGCAGCUUACGACUCUGACUUUGAAAUGCCUGGAGAUAGUGACGAGGAAUCAACUGACAUUAAUGCUUCAGAGGAUGAAGAUGACGAGGAAGAGGAAUCUGAAGAAGAGGAAGAAGAAGAGGAAGAGGACACCAUGGUAACAGAAGAGGGUAUUGGUCUUGAAGCUCUGAUGGAUACAGAGAAGACUGAGGAGAAAAAGGAGGAUGAAGAGGGUCCUGGUCAGGAGUUGACUGAUAUUGCUGCACAGGCUGCUAGUCUACAACCCAAAGGUUACACACUACAAACCACAGAGGUGAAGACGAGUGUACCAUUCCUGAUAAAGCACACGUUGAGAGAGUACCAGCAUGUUGGUUUAGACUGGCUAGCCACAAUGUAUGAGAAACGCCUUAAUGGAAUUUUAGCAGAUGAAAUGGGCCUUGGUAAAACCAUCCAGACAAUAGCGUUGAUAGCACAUCUUGCUUGUGAGAAAGGAAUCUGGGGUCCACAUCUGAUUGUUGUACCUACUAGUGUGAUGUUGAAUUGGGAGAUGGAAUUCAAAAAAUGGUGCCCUGCCUUUAAAAUCCUCACAUACUAUGGAAGCCAGAAAGAAAGGAAACAAAAAAGAACAGGAUGGACCAAAACCAAUGCCUUUCAUAUUUGUAUUACCUCGUAUAAACUAGUGAUUCAGGACCAUAAUGCUUUCAGGCGAAAAAAGUGGAAAUACUUAAUCCUAGAUGAGGCUCAAAAUAUUAAAAACUUCAAAUCGCAGCGAUGGCAGUGUCUGUUAAAUUUCAACAGUAUGCGACGAUUGUUGCUGACUGGUACACCAUUACAGAACAGUCUGAUGGAAUUAUGGUCUCUAAUGCAUUUCCUUAUGCCACAUGUGUUCCAGUCACAUAAAGACUUUAAAGAAUGGUUUGCUAAUCCACUCACAGGCAUGAUCGAAGGAAGCCAUGAAUAUAAUGAGAAUCUCAUUCGUCGACUACACAAGGUGUUGCGGCCAUUCCUGUUGAGACGAUUAAAAGACGAUGUAGAGAAACAAAUGCCAAAGAAAUACGAGCAUGUUGUGAUGUGUCACCUUUCCAAACGUCAACGAUUCCUCUAUGAUGAAUUCAUGGCUCAGGGAAAAACCAAAGAGACACUAGCAACUGGACAUUUUAUGAGUGUUAUAAACAUCCUUAUGCAAUUGCGGAAAGUGUGCAAUCAUCCCAGUCUGUUUGAUCCAAGACCAAUUAUCUCUCCAUUCCAAAUGCAGGGCAUUGUUUAUCAUACAGCAUCUCUAGUCCUCAAAGUAUUGGAUUAUGAUCCUCUAAAUGACGUAGAUCUUCAGCUGUAUCCUGGUUUGGCAGAAAUGGAGAGAGACCUGCCUGCAUUUAUUGCUCACCGUGUAAGAAAGUUACAGGCACCUCGACGCUUGAUCGAGGAGAUAGAGAUACAACCUAGUCCGCCACCUCGACCACAACCUGGAAAACUGAAAACCAAUGCGAUCAGAUGUGUGUCACCUGCUGUACAGUCUGGCCGAGCAUCUCCGGCACUGAAUAGCAGAUCUGUGUCCCCAGCCCCUGUGAUAAAACCUGUCAGUGCACCAUCCACUCUAUCUGGCUCCAGUCAGCCCCCUUUACAGGCUACUGUUGCUCCUCAGAUCCAAGGACAGGGCACAACAAGUACCAGUAGCCAGCAACCAGUCAGUAGUCAGCCUAUAACUGUACAGAUCCAGCACACAGAGCAGGGUACCAGGCUGGUGUUGCCUUCUAAUCAACUGUCACAGCUGCCAGGCUUCCUUCAAAUAGUACAGACAUCCUCUGGUCCUCAGACUGUGGCUACCUCCAGUGUUGUGUCCACAUCAUCAGUUGUGAAUGGUUCCCCAGUUGUGACAAUGGCAAGCCCCAGUCUGAAAACUGUGGUAUCCAGCUCAGCAUCACAGUUGAAGAUGUCGCCUGGGAUACAGUCGGGUACCAACUUCCCUACGGUACAGUUUCCAGCGGGAAGUCAGGCUCAGAAACCAGUGAUGAGAGUAUCCCCACUCACUGAUGGUCAGCAAAAUCAUGCCAACGGCGAUGGUCUUGUCUUCACUGCAGCUUCAGCUGCUUCCUCCACCUCGUUUGUGAUGUCAACAACCUCUAAACCUGUAUCCUCCGUGUAUACUCCUCAAAUGAUCAAGCAUCUGGAAGAUCAAAAGAAAAAGAAAUGCAAAACAAAGUUUUUCUCGGAACCACUGUAUGAUAAACAGAUGUGUAAGCAAAGAGAAAGGUUGAACUAUAUUUCUAGAACAAACAAACAACAUUGUGAACGUAAACCAGUUUAUGGACAGGAUUUAUGUGAUGCUGUUAACAUUUUCAAAGACCCAUACACUAGUAAGACAUAUAGAAACCGUGAUACUACCCAGUGGAAUGGGCCGGGUCAUAUACAUUGUCAGUGUGCAAAAUUAUGUACAAAUCGUUAUCAUCCUAAAUAUUUAUGGAACCAGACCUCAGUGCUUUCAGAUAUUAUUCACACUCCAGAACAGUAUUUACAGGAGUUGGAAAAUAUAUUAGAUAGGUUUGUAUUUGUAACCCCACCAGUGCAAUCUCAGACGAUACGUAUGCAUGUUUCUCAUCCGCCACCGUCAUACCUCAGAGAGGAGUCGUACAGAGAGACAUUACUUCGUACAGAGCUCUCGCCUAAAACAUCCAACUACCAUAACAUUUGUACCAGAAUGAAUGUACAGUUCCCAGAGUUACGGCUUAUACAGUAUGACUGUGGAAAGCUGCAGACUUUAGACAUUUUAUUACAUCGUCUAAAAACGGAGGACCACAGAGUGUUGAUAUUUACCCAGAUGACUCGGAUGUUGGACAUUCUGGAGGCUUUCCUCAACUACCACGGCCAUAGAUACUUGCGUCUUGACGGUACCACCAAAAUAGAACAGAGACAGCAACUGAUGGACCGUUUCAAUGCAGACAGGCGGAUCUUUGUGUUCAUCCUGUCCACUCGAUCAGGAGGUAUAGGUGUGAACCUGACUGGUGCUGAUACAGUUAUAUUCUAUGACAGUGAUUGGAACCCUACCAUGGAUGCCCAGGCACAGGAUAGAUGUCAUCGUAUUGGUCAAACCAGAGAUGUCCAUAUUUAUAGAUUGGUGAGCCAGAAAACGGUAGAAGAGAACAUACUGAAGAAAGCCAACCAGAAAAGAAUGUUAGGUGAUAUGGCAAUAGAAGGAGGCAACUUUACCACAGCCUUCUUUAAAGAGAACACAAUCAGUGAGCUAUUCUCGGAACCAUCGGGCCUGGAAUCUCUGGUCAAAGAGAAGGAACAAGAAGAGAAGGAGAAACAAAUGAAGGCAGAAAGAAAAAAGAAAGCAGAACAAAAGAAAUCUGAUCCAACAGAAUCUAUGGCUUUAGCUCAGUUUGAGAAGGCUCUAGCCAAAACUGAAGACGAGACUGAUGCUGUGGCUAUAGAUCAAGUCAAAGCUGAACAGAAAGCCGAGCUUGCUGAGUUUGACGAGAACAUCCCUCUGGAAGAUGGGGCUGACGGCCAGUUAAGAGAAGAUGAAUCUCAUGUGGAACAGGAAUUGGCUAUGCUUGAUAAAGAGUUAACACCUAUUGAAAGGUAUGCUGUCCAAUAUACAGAACAAAUGAUGGAGCCUGUCAAUGAAGAGGAACUGAAAAUUGCAGAGGAUGACAUUGAGGCUGUGAAGAAAGAUUGGGAGUUGAAUCGAUUAAAAGCAUUGAAAGAGGAGGAAGAACGUCGUGCUGAAAUGGAAGAGGACGAAAUGCUGUACACUUACAGCCGUGAUGAUGCUUACCAACAGGUGUUCCUCUCUGACUUGGACCAAGAACAAAUGCCUUUGUGGGCACCACCUACACCUCCCCAUGAUGACAAUGAUGUGUACAUAGACCAGACACUGCUCUUCCUGUAUGAACAUUCUGUGAUGCCAGAAACACAACUACCUCCUGUAUAUGUGAAGAAAGAGAAGAAGAAAAUAAAGGUGGAAUCUAUAACAACUCGUAAGCAGAAGCAGAAGAGGGAAGAACAACCAAGAGUGCCUAGAUCUUUGUUUGAUCGUGCCAAUGCUCAACUGCUGCGACUGAGAAGAGAUGCCAAACUGCAGAAACUGAAGAUGGGUCAGCUAAAGCCUUACAGGCCUUUACCAACAAUGCCUCCUAAACCAGUGAUGGAGCAAGCUCCAGACCAUCCUGAAUGGCUUAUACAUGAAGACUGGGCUCUAUUACAGGCUGUCCAGAGUUACUUUGAUGUGCCUUUGAAUCUGAUGAUAGUGAAUCCUGCACAUACACCAAACUGGGACAUGGUAGCUGAUGUGGUCAACAGCUGUAGCCGCGUAUACAGAUCUCCGAAACAGUGCCGCCUGCGCUAUGAGAACGUCAUCAUUCCAAGAGAGGAGGGUAGAAUCAUGUACGAUAUCACACCACGAAAACAAAAGAAACAGAAGGGCAUCUAUAAGAUGGUAUGUAUUGAUUUUGAAAGAUUUGACGACAGUUUCUCCUACAUAGAUACUGUGUUCAACGGGCAAGUAGGGGAACAGACUCCGACAACAAGUGCCGCCAGGGAUAGAACGGUCAUUAUACCAGAGAGAGGGAGGCACUACCAUAUUGCCCAUGAAACUGUGAAACACAACUGCUCCUAUAAGAAGCUAAAGGUUAAUCUCCUGAGAUUGGCCAGUUUUCCCUUUCAACAGCAAAAGGGCCUCGCCAUCUUGAAUUCUUUAAGUUAUAAUCGGUACCAGACUGCAGUUAUUAGGUUUGGCCGUUUCAAAUACCAGUAUGUGUUAUCUGUGUUACAGCCUGAUCCACUAAGACACCAGCAGCUGAGGCAGCUCAAGGGACCUGUGAUACAGGGACAGAAAACUGUGAUAGCUCAACAACUUGUCACCAGUAUGGCACAGGGUGGACAGUUGAAGGCCUCUGCAGGAACACCGCAGUUGACCCGACCUUUGACCCAGGAUGAGCUGGCACGGUUCAAACAACAGCAGCUGACUCAACAGAAGGUGGCUGGAACAUCAGUGGCUCAGCUUCAUCAUCCACAGAUACAAAGCACUCAGAUAAUAGCUGGUACACCUAUACAACAAGUGAGUCAGGCUCUGUCGAAGGUGACGGGCCAGCCAGCUACUUUAGUGAAGACAGUGACGGCCCCAGCUGGCAGUGUGACAAUACCAGUCAGUAAUGUGAGCAUCAACGUCAGUAUGCCACAGAAAGGCGGCGUAGCUAAAGUGAGUCAGAUCAAUCCACAACAGAUGCAUCUUCUACAACAGAGGAAACAGAUACCUGUCCAGAAAAGUAAGUGUACAUUGAGGAGACGGCAGCCAGCUUUAAGGUCUUAGAAAGUCUGAAAUGUC